GCGAUGCGGAGCGGCGCCUGAGGCUCGGCGCCGGCGGCAGGAUGCAGCGGGCGGAGAUGGGCGCCGGCGAUAAGGAAAAUCAUUCUUCUGAGCCAUACAGAAGCAUACUGAAAACCCCUUUGAAACAAUCAGCUACCUCACAUUCAGUCUUGACAGAGAUACAGCCUGGCUGUCAGCCUCUAACAACACCCCCAAAACCUAAGGAAAUCCCUGCUGCGGAUCCAUGGACACCCACUUCUAACCUUAAAAUGCUGAUUAGUGCAGCUAGUCCUGAGAUUAGGAGCAGAGAACAGAGAAGAGGACUGUCAGACAACACAAGUGAGGUCCUACAGGCAAAGCACUGUUUGCAGGAGCAGUUAUCUGGAGAUGAAUAUGAAAAAUCUCAACCAAGCCGCAAAGAGAAAAGUCUAGGAUUACUGUGUCAUAAAUUCUUAGCUCGCUAUCCUAAUUAUCCCAGCACUGCCGAGAAUAAUUACAUUUGCCUUGAUGAAGUAGCAGAAGAGCUUAAUGUUGAACGUAGACGCAUAUAUGAUAUUGUGAAUGUGCUAGAGAGCCUACAUAUGGUGAGCCGCCUUGCGAAAAACAGAUAUGCUUGGCAUGGGCGACAUAAUCUCACCAAAACCCUGCAAACCUUGAAAAAAGUUGGAGAAGAAAACAAGUACACACAACAAAUACAGAUGAUCAAGAAGAGAGAGUGUGAGCAUGAAUUUGAUACAGAUGGUGAAAGAAAUGAAGAAAUGGCAAGAUCUUUUGCUUCAAAUGAGCAUUCAGAAAUGUGUUUUGUUGAGCUCCCAGGAAUGGAAUUUCGUGCUGCAUCAGUAAACAGCAGAAAAGACAAGUCUUUACGAGUGAUGAGUCAGAAAUUUGUGAUGCUGUUUCUUGUAUCAACUCCUCAAAUAGUAAGCCUUGAAGUUGCUGCUAAAAUCUUAAUUGGAGAAGACCAGUUAGAAGACUUGGAUAAAAGCAAAUUUAAAACCAAAAUUAGGAGACUUUAUGACAUAGCAAAUGUUCUCAGUAGCCUGGAGCUUAUCAAGAAAGUUCAUGUUACAGAGGAGAGAGGUAGAAAACCGGCAUUCAAGUGGACGGGACCUGAGGUCUUGCCAAGUGUUCGGGAUACAAAAUCUGAAGCCACCGCUACAGCCUGGGUCCCACAUGUUUCCGAAUCCAUCACUUCCAAAGAGCAGUGUUCAAAAAAUCUUUUUCCUUCAAAAGUCAAGCAAAGCUUUAUUCGGCAUCCAUCUCUAAUAAAGUUAGUUAAAAGUAUAGAAAAUGACAGAAGGAAGAUCCAAUCUGCUCCAACCAGUCCAGUUAAAAUAAGCACAAGUAGUGAUCAAAAUUUAUCAGCUGUCCCAAGUAAAAUGGCUCAGCUUGCAACGAUCUCUAAACAUCAGCUAGAAGGACAAUCAAAGAAAGCAAAAGAGAUGAAAAUGAAAUUGGCUUUGGAAUGUAAUCAGUCCUCCCCCGAGGCGGUCCCCAAACCUGAACCUCACACUGCACCACCUGCUCAAAAGUCCACUCUCGCUCAGCCGCUGACUGUCUUGUCUCCAAGCCACAGUUCAGUGUCACCAAUAAUGCUACCUCACACUCAUUCUGGUGUUUCAUAUGCAAUAUAUUUGCAUCCUUCCCAAGCCCACACUGUGACAACAUACAGCCCAAGUUUCAUGUUGCAGCCUCUACCAUGUGCUAAUGUGACUGGAAUUAAAAGUAUUAAUUCAAAAGUACUGAAUAAAAUAAACACUGAAGAAGCAGACAAUCACAUAGUUAAAGAUGAUCCAAGAAAGUCCUUGACAGCUAAUGAGAGACAAACUGUACAACCUGAAUCUACGUCACACAAGUGCCUAAAAAGAUCACAAGCAUUACAAGAGAAUAGUCUGAUUAAAAAGUGUAGAAGUGAUGACAAAAGCCUUAAUGCUUCUCUGGGAGAAUCCAUUACAAAUGAAAGACCACCUUCUAAUGGUUUACAGAUGGAUUAUGAAAUGGAUGAUUUCCAGAAAGAGAGACAAAACAAAGCUGAAAAUUUAGACCAAAAUGUGACAAGUUGCUGUGACCAAUGUAAGAAAGGAGGUAUUCCAGAAGAUGAGGAAAGAACCAAAACGAAACAAGAAAUACCUAUGGCCUUUGCCAUUCCUGCUCACGAGACUUUUUUUCCAUCUGGCUAUCUUAUUCCUCUUCCUCAGUGUACCCACCAUGGCAACAAGGCAGGUUUUUCUAACAAAGAGAAAGCUGGAAUAUGUUCAUUACAGCACACUACCUACAACUCGCCCAUUGCUGGUGUGAUUCCAGUGACAGCAUCUGAACUGAAAGCAGUUAACAUUCCUGCUUUUCAUAUAACACCCUUGAAUAUAAUGGUAUCACCAACCUCUAUAGCUGCUGCACCUGUACUGAGCAACUCCUGUCUCAAUUCAAGCAACACAAGUCCUGCCCAGACUCCAAGUUCUUCAGUUCUGAACUUUACACUGCAACAUUUAGGACUAAUACCUGCUGGUGUGCAAGUGCCUGCAAAUCCUGCUCUUCAGCACAUGACAGUCUCUUCAAAACCAGAAAAUGUUAGCUAUUGCUCAGAAAACGUGAACUUGAAAGAAGAGAAGCCAAGUGUUUCAAAGGAACCCCAAGAGCUCCAAACAGUGAAAGAAAACUUUUUCCGCACACCAGGAGGGCCAAACACAGUAUCUUCAUUUUCUGCAAGUUCAGAUGGUACUGAUGGAAUUUCUCAAGGAACCUUGUAUAUUCCUCAAAGAAAACUUGAAGUGUCAGAAGGCUAAUUUCAGGAUACCAAGUUGCUGAGUGUGUUAGCAGGAAUAAUUACUGAUAACAUUGCACGCAUCUUGGAUUGUUUGAUGGAUAAUGUUUACUUUGGACAUGUAUUGGCAAGACCUCAAUACUGGAAUAGCCUUAAUUAAUUAACGCUUUAGAAUUAAAAGCAGCUCUUAAUGAGAAA